AUGUCCUGCCUGCUACCUCUAAAGCGCCCUCCCCCUUUUGUUUUGUGGCGACAGCAGCGUCGAUGGAUGAGUGUGCGACCGAUGAAGGAGAGUGAUGUUGUUCCAAAGAGGGAGAAAGUGACCAUCCAGACUCUUCAAGUCUUGCGAUCCCGGAAAGAACCGAUAACGAUGUUGACCGCGUACGACUAUCCAACUGCGCUCGCGUGCUCGUCCAAUCCAGCGAUCGACAUAACUCUCGUGGGUGAUUCGCUGGCCCAAGUUUGUCUUGGUCUCAAAUCGACCACGCAACUCACCCUGGAUCAAAUGAUUCACCAUGCGACUGCUGUUGCACGAGGAACAACGCAUCCGCUUCUCAUCGCCGACAUGCCGUUUGGAUCUUACCAUGCUUCAGUUGAGCAAGCUAUCAACAAUGCUGUCAGGAUGGUCCGUGAAGCCCAAGUUGAGGCGAUCAAGCUUGAGGGGGGUGAAGAGAUCGUGGAACUUGUUCGACGCCUGACUUCACUCGGCAUACCCGUCAUGGCUCAUAUCGGCUUGUUACCGCAACGCCAUGUAGCUUCGUCAGGUUACAAGGUUCAAGGGAGAAGCUUAGAUGCCGCCAAAGCUAUGAUGAGAACCGCAAAGUUGCUCGAACAAGCGGGUGCUUUCUCCAUGGUCGUCGAGGCGGUACCGAAAGAGCUGGGUCAGUUCAUCACCGACAACCUUUCCAUUCCAACGAUUGGAAUCGGCGCGGGACCCAGUACAAGCGGCCAGGUUCUUGUUUGGGACGAUGCAAUGGGCACUUGGAAUGGCCACAAAGCCAAGUUUGUCCGUCGUUUUGCCAACAUGCAAGCUAUUAGGGACGAGGGUGUGCAGAACUAUGCCCAAUCAGUGAAAGACGGAUCGUUCCCCGACCCUCAGCGCGAGAGUUAUACGAUCGACAAAACAGAAUGGACGCGUUUUCUUGAGGAAAUGGCCCAAACGAAGUAA